GGGGCGUCCCAGGGAAGCCUGGACGCCUUGCCGAGGGCUCUGAGCAGCCGGUAAGUCCCUCUUCUCAUCCCGCCACUAUCCCGGCUGGUGUGGCGACAAUGCGAUUGGCUCCUUUCCCUCCUUGGGGCGAAAGCAGCGAUCCGUAGGAUGGUGACCCUCGGGGCGCCGCAGCCCACGCCCCGGGCGGAUGAAACCAUGGCACUCGUGCAGGAAGGAGGCCAGAGUCUAAGAGACUCAUGGACACUGCACGGACAGGGAAACUGAGGCCCGAGGAACCGGAAUGGUUGGCUCCUGGCCACCCAAGAAGGGACAAGAGGGCACAGAGAGGUUCAGCUGCCCUCGGGGAUCACACAGCCAGCCAGGGCUGAGAUGGCCAUCCACCCUGGUCCUGCUGCUCAGCGCCUCCUCCGGAACCUUCUGCUCUCGCUGUGGACCCUCCUGAGCUGUGAUUUGGGGGUUGUUACUGCUCAGGGUCCGGGGGAGUGGACGCCCUGGGGGUCUUGGAGCAGGUGUUCCAGCUCCUGCGGCCGGGGCGUCGCUGUGCGCAGCCGCCGCUGUGUCCGACUCCCCGGAGAGGAGCCUUGCUGGGGCGACAGCCAUGAGUACCGGGUCUGCCAGCUGCCCGACUGCCCCCCAGGGGCGAUACCCUUCCGCGACCUGCAGUGCGCUCUCUACAAUGGCCACCCUGUCCUGGGCACCCAGAAGACCUACCAAUGGGUGCCCUUCCACGGGGCACCCAACCUGUGUGACCUCAACUGCCUGGCCGAGGGCCACGCCUUCUACCACAGCUUCGGCCGCGUGCUGGACGGCACCCCUUGCACCCCCGGGUCCCAGGGCCUGUGCGUCGCAGGCGGCUGUCUGAGCCCCGGCUGUGACGGGUUGCUGGGCUCCGGCGCCCUCGAGGACCGCUGCGGCCUCUGCGGUGGCGCCAACGACUCGUGCCUGUUCGUGCAGCGCGUGUUCCGCGACGCGGGUGCCUUCGCCGGCUACUGGAACGUGACUCUGAUCCCCGAAGGCGCCAGGCACAUCCGCGUGGCCCAGCGCAGCCACAACCACCUGGCGCUGGUGACCCGCGACGGGCGCUACGUGCUGAACGGCGCGGACGGGGUGCCCAGCCCGCCUGGCACCUAUGAGGCUGCGGGCACCCGCGUGGUCUACACCCGCGGGGCGGGCCCCGAGGAGACUCUGCAGGCGGCCGGGCCCACCUCCCAGGAGCUGUUGUUGCAGGUGCUGCUGCGGGAGCCCAAUCCAGGCGUGCACUUCGAGUUCUGGCUGCCCCGGGAGCGCUACGGUCCCUUCCAGGCGCAGGCGCAGGCCCUGGGCUGGCCCCUGCGACAGCCUCAGCCUCGGGAGGUGGAGGCUCAGCCUGCGGACACCCCUGCGGUCCCCGAGGCCAUCCCUGCCCGGAUUGCAUCCCUGACCCCAGACCCCUGCGGGCCAUGCCCGGACAGCAGGGGUCGCGCACACCGGCUUCUGCAUUACUGCGGCAGCGACUUUGCUGACCCCCGGUGUCACCUUCGUGCAGUGUUCCAAGCCCGCGUGCUGGGCCGCCACCGGCAGGCCGAGGAGACCCGCUAUGAGGUGCGUGUCCUGUUCAUCUACAAAAACCACUCACCGCUGCGCACUCGAGAGUAUGUGUGGGCGCCAGGCCCCUGCCCCUGCCCACCACUGGCCCCCCAUCGGGAGUACCUACUGGCUGUCAGGCGACUGGUCAGCCCCGAUGGCACACAGGACCGGCUGCUGCUGCCCUUCGCGGGCUAUGCUCGGCUCUGGAGUCCGGCGGAGGACAGCCGAGUUCGCCUGGCUGCUCGGCGCUGUCCAGUCUAAACCUCCCGCCCUACGAGCCCACCAGCUGCUGCUUCUGGUGUCGGGUGACUCAGAAAAAUCUCCCGCCAGGAUAUUUCCAGACACUGUGUUUGUAACCUUGGCUGGCGUGGAACUCUCUGCGUAGACCCGGCUGGUCUUGAAUCACAGAGAUCCGCCUGCCUCGGCCUCCCCAGUGCUGGGACUAAAGGCCUGCGCUGCCGGGCUACCUUUCCACCAAACGACUUUGGCCCGUCCCUUUUAAAAUUACUAUUUAAUUCCGAGUACAAGAACUCGGAAAAAGAACAAGGCCCUUCCCCGCCGCUCGUCAGCUCUCUAGGCUCAGGGACGCCCUAGCAGAGGCAGCUCAGACACACCCCAAAUUACUGUCUUUUCCUGACACCCCCUCCCAGGGUACUGGGUCCACGUGAGACCAGCACAGAGGUGUGAGACUUUGGGGACACACAGAGAAUCGGUGUGCCUCCUGACCUGGGCUCUGUCCAGGCUGUCGGUUCAUUUCAGUGUCUGUACAUCAUGGGUCUCUCAACAAGCCGUCCCCAGUGGGGUGUCCCUCUCUGGGUCCUGCCUCAGUCAUAUGGUCUAACCUGUCCUCAGUGACAUCCAGGACUGGGAUCCAGAGGCCAGCGGACUGUCAGCCUUGCCUCGAUCCUCCACAAGACCCCCUCUGGCUCUGACCCGUCGCCUCGCCCUUCCAAAGGCCUCAGUUUCCCCAUCUGUUAGCUCUGUCUACGAACAUUUAUUGAGCACUGACUGUAGCGGGAGACCCAGCAAGUCCUGGGGAGGCAUAGUGCUGUUCUGAGAUAAGCAGGGGUCAUUUGUUUUUUGUUUU